AUGGAACUCAUGGGCAACCUUCCGGGUUUCGAUCCAUUUUCUUUCGCAGGAGACUAUCGGGAACUCAUGCACACGGUCAUCACAAAAAGGCUAAACCGUGCUCUUCCUCGACUCAUAAGGGAACAAUCCGUUGAGAUCACUGAUUUCUUGAUGUUCAAUUGGACAAACGCGAAGGAGUGGCAUUCUAUUCCCCUUUACCAGAUGCUCAUGGGCCUUGUAGCAAGAGCGUCCGUCAUGGCUUUUCUGGGCCCUGAACUCGCAACGAACGAACGUUGGAUUGAACUCAACGCCCAAUACACGGUUGUCGCAAUCGGUGCUGUUCAGGCACUCCGCCCGUGGCCGCGCUUUCUCUUGCCUGUUGUGCACCACUUCCAUCCCAGAACAAAAGCGGUUCGAGCGAUACUUUCAGAGUGCAGGCAAAUUAUGGAUCCGAUCCUACAAAAGAGGCUGCAAUCCAAACAAGGUAAAAUGAAGCCUUCAUCACCAGAAACUGCAUUGGACUGGUUUGAAGAAGUAGCUUCUACACUUGGGCAAAGCUACGACCCGGUAAUUGCCCAACUCACCUUUACUGUUGCGGCCUUGCACAGCACUACGGAUCAUAUCUGCCAGAUAUUGAUUGACCUAAGGGAUAAGCAUGAAGUUGUUGGUGCUGCAAGAGCCGAGUUGGUUGAUACCAUAACAAGACACGGAUGGACCCAGACGGCACUUUCAGAACUAAAGCUUAUGGAAAGCAUCAUGAAGGAGUCCCAGAGACUGAAGCCUAUCAAUAGAGUCAUCAACAAGCGUGUGGUUACGGAGGACCUCCGACUUAGCGACGGUGUCGUCCUGCCCAAAGGCUCCCGUGUGGCCGUGUCAGGGGACCGAAUGCAGGACCCUGACGUCUAUGAGGACCCGGAACGAUAUGAUGCGUAUCGCUUCGUCAAGAAAGCUGAGCAAGGUCCGGAAGAAGCACGUUUCUGUGGCUACACAUCUGUAACGCCCCAUUCAAUUGGGUAG